ACCAGGACAACGGGCGUUGCCGGCGCCUUGUGACUCUGGGCUGUGGGCGCGCUCGCGGCUCUUCGGCCAUGGUGUUCUCAAAUAAUGAUGAAGGCCUUAUUAACAAAAAGUUACCCAAAGAACUUCUUUUGAGAAUAUUUUCCUUCUUGGAUAUAGUAACCUUGUGCCGAUGUGCACAGAUUUCCAAGGCUUGGAACAUCUUAGCCCUGGAUGGAAGCAACUGGCAAAGAAUAGACCUUUUCAACUUUCAAACAGAUGUAGAGGGUCGAGUGGUGGAAAACAUCUCAAAGCGAUGUGGUGGGUUCCUGAGGAAGCUGAGCUUGCGAGGGUGUAUUGGCGUUGGAGAUUCCUCCUUGAAGACCUUUGCACAGAACUGCCGGAACAUUGAACAUUUAAACCUCAAUGGGUGCACAAAGAUCACUGACAGCACGUGUUACAGCCUUAGCCGAUUCUGUUCCAAGCUGAAACAUCUCGAUCUGACCUCCUGCGUGUCCAUUACAAACAGCUCCUUAAAGGGGAUCAGCGAGGGCUGCCGGCACCUGGAGUACCUCAACCUGUCGUGGUGCGACCAGAUCACCAAGGACGGCGUCGAGGCGCUGGUGCGCGGCUGCCGCGGCCUGAGGGCCCUGCUGCUGAGGGGCUGCACGCAGCUAGAAGACGAAGCUCUGAAGCACAUUCAGAAUUACUGCCAUGAGCUUGUGAGCCUCAACCUGCAGUCCUGCUCCCGCGUCACGGACGACGGCGUGGUGCAGCUGUGCCGGGGAUGCCCGCGGCUGCAGGCGCUCUGCCUGUCCGGCUGCGGCAGCCUCACCGACGCCUCCCUGACAGCCCUGGCCUUGAACUGCCCCAGACUCCAGAUCUUGGAGGCUGCCCGAUGUUCCCAUCUGACCGAUGCAGGCUUUACGCUUCUAGCUCGGAACUGCCACGACCUGGAGAAAAUGGACCUGGAAGAAUGCGUCCUGAUAACCGACCGCACGCUCACCCAGCUCUCCAUUCACUGUCCUAAGCUGCAAGCCCUGAUACCCAGACUCGAUCCCAGCAGCCCUGCCGGGCGGGCGCCAUGGACACCCCAUUUUACCAGCAAGGAAGCCGAGGUGCGGAGUGCUUCAGAAACAUGCCGUUUGCAGAGCUGCCCAGAUGAGCCUGUCCCACUGCGAGCUCAUCACGGACGAUGGCAUCCUGCACCUAAGCAACAGCCCCUGUGGCCACGAGAGGCUGCGGGUGCUGGAGCUGGACAACUGCCUGCUCAUCACCGACGUGGCCCUGGAGCACCUGGAGCACUGCCGCGGCCUGGAGCGCCUGGAGCUCUACGACUGCCAGCAAGUCACCCGAGCCGGCAUCAAGCGCAUGCGGGCGCAGCUCCCUCACGUCCGAGUCCACGCCUACUUCGCUCCCGUCACCCCGCCCACGGCCGCGGGAGGCGGCGGGCCGCGGCUCUGCAGGUGCUGCGUCAUCCUCUGACGGCCGCCCGCGGGCCGCGGGGCCUGCCCGGAGCACUCGGUGUGCCGUUCUCCGCCAUCACCCAGCUCUGUUGAUUCUCCGGUGAGAAAGGCGCUUACAGGUAAAAAAGACUUGUGCAGGGACUGCGGUACUUCUGGUGAUAGUUUUUACCUUUGUUCUGCUGUGAUGCAAUCAGUUCAAAGCCUCGUGUCAGCUAACAAAGAGCAGGGGUGGUCUUAGUGCAGCCAGGACCGCACAGGAAACCUGGAUCUCAAGAGGUGGCGCUGCCCUAGGUACAAAAUUGCCACCCUCGGCUUUGCCAGCAUUCUUCAACAGACCAUCAGCGUUAGCACAGACUGAGCAGAAAAAUAAGCUGUUGAUUUUCUACCUGAUACUUAAGCCAAUGACCUCCUUUUAUUCACGAGUCCACUUUGAUGAGCAGGACUUCUCCACUUUGAAGGUUAAAAUAGCAACUUUAUUGACGUAACUAUAUUGCAAAUUCACAAUGCCUGACAGUUUUCUAUUUGGAGACUUACUUGGAAGGCAAGGUAAUAGGUUUCCAUGAGACACCAAAGAAUGAGGACUCUAGAAAGGGUGGAGCAGGGUCUCCACCUUUCUGUCAACUCGCCCUAGGUCCUCUCGGGGACCAGAAAUGGAACAGAAGCAGCUCAGACUCCGUGCUGCCUGAUGACAGAUCGUGAGCUCUGGGGUAGGCAACAGCACAAAAUGAGCUAAUGCUGUCAUCUCUCACAGAAUUUGGGGGAUCUUAAAGAAAAAGAAUUUAAAGCUCAAGUUAUCUAUACUACAAUCAAUUAAAAAUAAUGGAUGCAUGUAGAAUGGGUGUGAUUUUUUUCCAAGUUUAUUUUAAGUCUUAGAAAUCAAGUUACACCAGAACUAUUCAAAAAUUUUAUACACUUAAAACUCAGCUCAGUAAAGUGUUGGCACCUUUGAGACUUAUAUAAUAUAAAAUGAAUAAACCAUUGCAGUGCUUACGUCAGAGGGUUUUAUUGCUAUUAUCUUGUGGCAGACAUAUCUGACCAAAACCAUUUUCCAAACUCAGGCAUUCUGUUAUCUGAAAUCUGAUAAGGUGAUCUGGUUUCUACUCUGUGCUGCCAGACUUGUGACCUUCGCUGAACCUCUGUGCUAACCCUUCUUAGCAACCAAACUUAAAAGCCCAGAGCUCCUGAGAAGCUGAAGAGAAACAGCAAAAGAGAAAUUUCCCACGACCAGCAAUAGUUCUAAUAGAGUUAGGGUUCUAUUAGGUGGAAAGUUUUAGAAUCAUUUAGAAUACAAGACCUCAGUUGCAUUCUGGGGAGAGAAGGCAGAUAGAUAAAUCAAUUAAGAGGAUUAUCAGAAAAAGCAUUAGUCCUGGUGAUUUUGCAGCCUUAUUAUAUACUCUAGUAUUUCCUGAUCUAAAAAUUGUAUGUAUGCCAUAGCAGUUAUUUAAAUAUACAUUUACAUCACUGUGUAUGGGGAAAAUGGGUGCUGCAGAAAACUAUGAGUAUAGUUCCGUUUUAAAAAUCUAAAUGACCAGGACCUUCUAUACAUUCUCUCUUUGGAGCUUGGCUACAACCUCUCAAAGCUAUUGGACUCUGGCUGAAUGACACAGGACUGCAGUUACCAAACAGCAGGACCUCUGUUAAGGAAAUCAGGCUUGCUUCCUCUUUAAAAUGCAGGCGUGGAACAGGCACUGGGUGACCUGUCCUCAGCUGCAUUUGCUUUGAGAAAACAACAGGCUGAAAGGAAAGCACAUCCCCACCAGCUCUUCUAACGCCAUCUGGACUGGUGUGCACUCGGAACAUACGUAGUGACGCUUGAUCCUAUGACACGAAGUGACACUGGCAGGAACUUGGGUUUUAAAUGAGACACACGUUUGCAAAAACAAUCGGAAAACAUUUAUUAUACUGAAAUGUGUACAUCCUACUAUUAAAAAAACAAAGUAGCAAAUUUGCUGGUGCCAUAAUUUAACCUGUUUCACUGGGACAGACUAAUGUUCAAUGCUGCUUGGUGUAAUUUCAAGUUUGACGAGCUUUUUUUUUUAACCCCACUUGUAAAAACCUGAUGAAUUCAAAAUAGCACACAGCAUUAAAUGACAUUUAUUGUUCCAUAAAUCUUGAGACUCAAAAAGGAAUGCUAAAUAGACAAGCAAAACUCUAAAACAAUGAAGAGAAAGCUCACUUCUUUCCCAAGUGACUGGUACAGAAAACAUGUGGUCGUAGGAAAGCAAAGGGGAAAUGACGGAAAGGAAAGCUCUCCAGCAUGGGGGCUGUACAAGUGAGGGAUAUUUUCAGGCCAAAGAUGGAAUAUUUAAAGACAGUACUUUCUUUUUUUAAUAUCAAAUAACCCCCUUUAUGAAUAAAACAAAAUACAAAGCUUUUACCCACUGGAGCAGUUUUGUCUUUGGGGAGAGAUUUCAAACUCAAGCAUCAAAUAAAACACUCAAAA